UUCUUGGGUACACAGAAAUUUAUUUAUCAAAGGCAUUUAUUUUUUGAUUUCGGGAAAGCUAUUCAAGCAGAUUGUUCUAGAAUUGGUCCCUAAACAUCCUUAUAAGCAUCACCAGCAGAGAAGAGGCAUGGAGUCAACAUGAUCCACAAGUCCCCCCUACAGUGUAGUGGUGGUCUCGUCCAUUGACAGCGGAGCAGAGCUGUGUGUGUGGUGUCAAGUCUCUCGCUCAAUUAUGAGGUUUCAAGUGCGCCUUUGAGAUGUUAUGGGGUAUGUAGAAUAUUCAGCAAUUUAUAGCUUUUUCGCUUCGCUUUUAUUAAAACAACAUUCAAACUUUUAGACUACAAGAUCGACCGGUACGUGUAAACGUACCUUAUUUCGUUUUUUUGUUUGUAUAUACAAGCUUCUGUUAGUUUUUUCAUGCAGCGAAAAUGUUGAAAGUUUUGUGAGGACACUCCUUCUUCAGGACCCGACGGACCAAGGCUACAGUUGACAAACCGAGGGACAUAUCAGCUCUGUCGGUUUCAUAGAGGGAGCAGCAAGGAUCUGGGAAUCAUCUGUGAGAGUGUUUCGUCAUGGGUAAACAGAACAGCAAGUUGCGACCCGAGGUCCUCAAUGACCUGCGGGAGAACACCGAGUUCACGGAGCACGAGCUGCAGGAAUGGUACCGCGGCUUCCUGAAGGACUGCCCGUCUGGCCACCUAACGGUAGAGGAAUUCAAGAAGAUCUACGCCAAUUUCUUUCCCUACGGUGACGCUUCGAAGUUCGCAGAGCACGUCUUCCGCACCUUCGACACCAACAGCGAUGCCACCAUUGACUUCCGGGAGUUCAUUAUCGCCCUGAGCGUGACCUCGCGCGGAGGCCUGGAGCAGAAGCUCCGCUGGGCCUUCAGCAUGUAUGAUCUGGACGGCAACGGAUACAUCAGCCGAGCUGAAAUGCUGGAGAUCGUACAGGCAAUUUAUAAAAUGGUGUCAUCUGUGAUGAAGAUGCCUGAGGAUGAGUCGACGCCAGAGAAACGCACAGAUAAGAUAUUUCGACAGAUGGAUACGGACAACGAUGGCAGACUCUCUCUGGAGGAAUUCAUCAAAGGUGCCAAGAGUGACCCCUCUAUUGUCAGACUACUGCAGUCUGACCAAAGCACCUCUCGACAGUUAUAAAUACAGAUCUUAAAGGGGUCAUAUGAUGUUGCUAAAAAUAUUUUUUUUGUGUGUAUUUGGU